UAUUGCUACGCAGGCCGUCCUGAUAUUGCUUAUGCUGUCUCGCUGCUUUCUCGGUUCCUUAAGGAUCCUCGUGUAGUUCAUUUAAAUGCUGCUCAUCGUGUUUUGCAAUACCUUUAUACUACUCGUUUCCAUGGUCUCGCUUAUCGUGCAGGCUCACCGCUUCAGCUCACUGUCUAUUCUGAUGCUUCGCAUGGUUCUUUGGCGGAUAUGCCCUUCUCAACGGGGGGUUAUGUCACUCGCCUAGCUGGUGGUUGUGUCACUUGGUCAUCUAAAAAGAUCAAGACAACAGUUUGUCUUUCCUCCACCGAAGCAGAAUAUAUUGCUGCUAGUGAAGCUGUUAAAGAAAUUGAAUGGUUAGGUGAUCUUACUACUGUUAUGGAUCUCACACUAAACAAAACAAAAUUAUAUGUUGACAAUGAACCAGCAAUUAAGUUAAGUAAGAAUCCAGUAAUGCAUCCAAGAACUAAACAUAUCGCACUGAGAUAUCACAAAAUCAGACAUGCAGUGGAACAGGAUAUUGUUGAUUUGGAAUAUGUUAAUACAAAAGACCAACAGGCUGAUAUCCUAACUAAAAUUUUAGCUAAAUCCCAAUUUGAAACCUUAAGAGAUGAAUUAGUCUCAAAUUUAACUACUUAA